AUGGCCCUAUCUGUGUGCACACCCAUCAACGAGAUGGAAGAAGGUGAAAACAGUCGGCUGCACGGCAUCCACCCAUUAAUCAAGCCGUCUCCCGUUGUCGCACCCAGGUAUGGAGCAAAACAACAAUGCCUUCAAUGCCGGAUCAGAAGAGAGAAGGAGGUAAACUAUUGGAAGACAAUCAUCACGAGGCACGCGAAGGACCUGGACUUCCUCCCAGUGCCGCCAAGGGAUUUCGUCCACCGAGAGAAAAAUGCCAUAAGAUCGAGGGACAUCGAAAAAGCGGACCGCCUCAGAGUCAGCCUCAGAGCUCUUCUGCGACGUGAAAGGCAGCGCGAACUACCUUUUCACAGGGACAACGAAUGCCGGCGAUGGGUGUUGCUGCCGAUGACGGAAAAGCCGCCGGAGCCGAUGCCGGGCGUCCCAACCGUCACCGUCACCGACCCGGGCGGGAAGACCUGGUGGCCCAAGGAUCCAAACUCAUACAUCACCCAGAAAGAAUCAGCCGCCAUCUCGGCACGCGCGGCAGAGCAACACCGCGGCCCCGAAGGCGAGGCACAUUGUGCUGCUUUUCAGGAGGCAUUUCGGAAGGGUCUGGAUAACAAGCCCAUGGGAAUGCGGCCCGAGGUGCUGUAUUGCGGGACAUGCUGGGCGAAGCAGGUGGAAAUCGAGGAACAGGAGGCUCGUGUUGCGGAAGUGCAUGCGACUACAAAGGAACGGGAGGCGAUCGUUGAAGGAGCAUGA